AUGGACCUUGUCGGACAACUCGAAAAAUCGAUCCGCAAGGCUGGCAUAAAAUUUGGCCUGUACUUUUCUCUACUCGACUGGUUUCACCCGCUUUACCUUGAAGACAAGAACAGAAGCUUCAAGACACAGAAAUACAUCGAGCUCGAAGAAAUUGUUACCACGUAUAAUCCAGACAUCGUUUGGAGCGACGGUGAUUGGGAAGGAGGUGCGGAUUAUUGGAAUUCCACGCACUUUUUGGCGUGGCUCUAUAAUGAUAGCCCCGUAAAAGACCUCGUGGUUGUCAACGAUCGAUGGGGCGCCGAAGCAAACUGUAAGCAUGGCGAUUUCUUCAGCUGCAGCGACAGAUAUAGUCCAGGUAUUCUUCAGAAGCACAAAUGGGAAAACUGCAUGACUGUUGACCGCAGCAGUUGGGGUUUCAGGAGAACGGCAACUUUGGCGGAUAUUCUCACAAUUGAAGAACUCAUUGCGGAAUUGGCAAAGACCAUAAGGUAAAU